AUGCCGAUCAACCAGCCCUCCAACCAGAUCAAAUUCACUAAUGUGUCUAUUGUUCGCCUCAAGAAAGGCAAAAAGAAGUUUGAGCUCGCAUGCUACAAGAACAAGUUGCUAGAAUACAGAUCUGGUGCUGAGAAAGACCUCGACAACGUCCUCCAAGUCCCCACAGUCUUUUUAUCAGUAUCCAAGGCGCAAACUGCCCCAUCAGCAGAACUAGCCAAGUCAUUUGGUGCCAAUACACCCCGCGACGAAAUUCUCCAAGAAAUCUUGCGUAAAGGUGAGGUGCAAGUUGGUGAGCGUGAGCGCAAGGAUGUUCUGGAACGAGUUGAGAAGGAGGUACUAGAUAUCGUAUCUGGGAGACUAGUGGAUCCGACGACAAAGCGCGUGUAUACGUCUGGUAUGAUCUCUAAGGCGUUGGACCAAUUGAGUUCAGCCAGUGGUCAACAACAGAGUGGAUCUGAUGCCAACGGAACUGGUGAUGAACAAUCUAAGAAACCAGUGUGGACUGGUGUUUCUGCCAACCGAUCCUCAAAAAGUCAAGCGCUCGAUGCUAUGAAGGCACUGAUUGCAUGGCAGCCGAUUCCAGUGAUGCGAGCGCGUAUGCGUCUUCGUGUUACCUGCCCUGUGUCAAUCCUCAAACAAUCAGUUAAGGUUGCUGGAGGUGUAGCGGCUGCUAAGGAGAAGGAAGCCGCCCAAGGUGGCGGCAAAUCCAACAAGAAGGGAAACAAAGGAAACAAGAAAUCUAAUCGUGAUGAUUCUGAUGUUGAAGCUGAAGCAUCCAGUACAGAGUCUACACAAAAGGCACCUGGAACUGUGAAGGAAAAGAUUAUCAGCUACUUUGAAUCAGUGGAGUCUCAGGAAGUGAUUGGUGGCGAUGAAUGGGAAGUCGUUGGAUUUGCCGAGCCUGGAGCCUUUAAAGGAUUGAAUGACUUCAUUGGCAAUGAGACCAAGGGCAAGGGAAGAGUAGAGGUUCUAGAUAUGUCAGUGACACAUGAGGAUUGA